UCUCCCGGGCCCGGCGGUCGGCGGCCGCUCCCCGCGCACCAUGGAGGCUCUGCUGAGGCGGGAGCUGGGCUGCGACUUCGUCAGGGCGACGGGUCACUCGGGGGGCGGGUGCAUCAGCCAGGGCCAGAGUUACGACACGGACAGGGGACGCGUGUUUGUGAAAGUGAACUCCAAGGCGGAGGCCAGAAGAAUGUUUGAAGGUGAGAUGGCAAGUCUGACCGCCAUCCUGAGGACGGACACGGUCCGGGUGCCCAAGCCCAUCAAGGUCCUUGAUGUCCCGGGCGGCGGCAGCGCGCUGGUGAUGGAGCACGUGGACAUGCGGGCUCUGGACAGCCACGCCGCCAGGCUGGGAACCCAGCUCGCCGACCUGCAUCUGGAGAACAAGAGGCUUGGGGAGACGCUCCGGAAGGAGGCCAGCACCGUGGGGAAAGGAGGCGGGCAGGUGGACCGGGCCUUCGUGGACAAGUUCGGGUUUGACGUGGUGACGUGCUGUGGAUACCUCCCCCAGGUGAACGACUGGCAGGACGACUGGGUGACCUUCUAUGCCCGGCAGCGCAUUCAGCCCCAGAUGGACAUGGUGGAGAAGGGGUCUGGGGACAGGGAGGCCCGGGAGCUCUGGUCUGCUCUGCAGCUGAAGAUCCCUGACCUGUUUCGUGACCUGGACAUCGUCCCGGCCCUGCUCCACGGGGACCUCUGGGCCGGAAACGUCGCAGAGGACUCCUCCGGGCCCGUCAUCUUCGAUCCGGCUUCCUUCUACGGCCACGCGGAGUACGAGCUGGCGAUAGCCGGCAUGUUCGGAGGCUUCGGCCGUUCCUUCUACUCCGCCUACCACGGCGCCAUCCCCAAGGCCCCGGGCUUCGAGGCUCGCCUGCAGCUCUAUCAGCUCUUCCACUACUUGAACCACUGGAAUCACUUUGGAUCGGGGUACAGAGGGUCGUCCCUGAACAUCAUGAGGAACCUCGUCAGAUGAGCUCCCUGGCCCGGAGGUGCAGGUGCACCAGGUCUGCACCUCCCGCCCCCGGCUCCCCCCAGCUCCCCCAAUUCUUCACACUGACUUCCCAGCCCUGUAAGUACCAGGAGGAGAGGCUCCGUCCUCCCGAGGCCGCACGUUUUGUUAGACCCAUAGCUGGAUCGAGCCUCACUGGAAGUGCAGUGCCCGCAGGGACCAGGGCGUGUGGGUCCCACUGAAGCAGCUGCCCGAGGCUGAGGGGGACGCGGCCCGCGAGCCAGGUGCUGGGCACUCGCGCCUCGGCUCCUCCCGUCUCAUCUCCAGGAGCGACUCCAAUGUCCGGGGUUAGACGUGGUGUAGACAUGAAUCCAGAGCCGAUGGUGGCUCCGAAUCACCAAUUUCAACCGAGCACAUUCCCUUUCCUUCUGUGCCGCAGGCCGACGGGUCUGGACGCUGAUUCUGGGAGCGACCAAACUGCUAGUCUUGGGUAAAUUUAGGAGCCGCUGAAUCCCCUGUUAGCACCCGUCCCGAUGCUGUUUUAAAGCUUGCGAGUUACUUACUCCCUUGCAUAAACAAUGGUGAACCAGUGGCCCUCCCUUCGUCCUGGUCCUCGCAGCGAUGUGCCCCUCAAUGGCAUUGAUGCUGAGAAAGUCUUUUGCAUAAAAAUUUGAAUAAACUUUGAGUGAUUUGAGUGA